UCAUCCCAGUAUUAGAACAAGUGAUUCCCAUAUCCUAUAAUGUCUCUUUUUCUGGUUUGGUUUUUAUAAUGUCUCUCAACAUUGGUUCCUUCAUUUUAAGAAUAGCUGUCUCUCCCACUCCUUUUCUGGGUCCACUAUUACCCUACUCAAAGUUGCCUUACAUGAUUUCUGGAAUCCUUCUCAAAUAUUUUCUUUAAAAAUUCCUUUCCCUUAUUGUGCCUGAAUUUUAAUUAAAAAAUAAAAAUCUCUUGUUCUCUUAAGAUCUGUUGAAACAUUUCUUUAGUGGUAUAUUUGAGAGAGAGAAGAAGGGAAACAGAAAUUAGGUAUAAAUUCAUAUAAUGUUUAGGAGAAGAUGUCUUCAGGACAGAAUGGGUCAGGUCUAGUUGGAUCAGCACAAUUGUAGCAUGCCUCAGUGGUAGCAGGGAGAUUAAUGACACCAUUACUUUCUAGCCCCUCAGUAAUUCAGUCUCCCUGAAAAGGGGGCAAGGGAAGAGCACAGUGAGGGAAGAGAAGGGUCUGGGCUUAUUUCACAUUAGCUUUUCAGUAAAGAGCUAGUCACUGUAAGAACACAGCUGUUUCCCUUCUCAAUUUUAAUCGCUGUUUCCAGAGUACCUUUCAAGAUACUAGGGGAGAUACUGACUGAUUCAGGGCACACUCAAGAACACUAGUUCUUCCUUCUGCUUUAUACAGAAUUUCAUGUCUAUCUCUAUCCCACAAGAAAGAAGGAAAAAUACAAAAUUUCCAGAAAUUCUAGCCGUGAGGAAAAAAAACGAGGAGCAUAGAUAACGUGAUGUUUUAGCACCAUUUACCAGUGGUCACUUUGUUAGCCAAGCAACGUGUAAAUGAAUGAAAUCUAAGGUUGCCCAAGUACUUCUGUGUUUUCCAGUAUAUCUAAAUCAAUGUAGGACAAGAUAAUUAAAAAAAAAAAAAUGGUGACAUGGGGGCAGUGCACAGGGUUAUGAAAUUUCCUAGGAAAUAUUUUCAAGGGCGAGGCAGAAGGGGCGAGUAGCUAGUCUUGGCUGAAAGUUUUAAAGAAGCUAGGUAGUGCCCGUGAAUGGCAGCCAUAGGUACAGGUCCUAAUUAGCCAAACUCAAGUCACUUUUUUUUCCUGCCUCUGUGGCACUGAAUCUGUACUCUUGGCUACCUAGUAUUCUUUCUGCUAUACCCCUCACCUCUUUAGUAGUUUUUAGGAACCACAGAGCAGGACACAAAGUUUUUCCAUGCAAGAUACAGAGAAUCAUGUUGCAACAGCCACACCCUCUCCUCUGCCCAGUUCAAGGAGGAGAACACCACCACCUCUUCUUACCUCGGGACUAACCUCCAGGCCCUCCCCAGUCGUGUCUGUUUCCCAGCCUCGUCAGAGAAACCUGUCGCGGAGCAGUGUGAGGGAGGCAGAGGCGCCCCCUGGACUAGCAAAGCCACCUGUCAAACACUGCUGCCACCAUGCCCAAGCGAAAGGCUAAAGGGGAUGCUAAAAGUGACAAAGCAAAGGUGAAGGAUGAGCCACAGAGGAGAUCAGCGCGGCUGUCUGCUAAACCUGCCCCUCCAAAACCAGAGCCUAGGCCUAAAAAGCCCCCUACAAAGAAGGGAGAGAAACUUCCCAAGGGGAGAAAGGGGAAAGCAGAUGCUGGCAAAGAUGGAACCAACCCUGCAAAAAACAGAGAUGCCUCUACAGUCCAGGCACAGAAAGCGGAAGGCACUGGAGAUGCAAAGUGAAGUAUACAUUUUUGAUAGCUCUGUACUUCUAACAACUGCUGUUCAAAAUACUAUGUUUUUUUUAAAUCAAGUUUUGUAAAACUAUAGAAUUUUGGUUUAGCUUUUUUUUUUUUUAAGUUAUGUUAUUAGCAUACAGAAUGCUUCAUUGUUCUCUUUUGUGGAAAGGGCAAAUACCACUAAUAGAAUGUGUCUCAGAAGCUAGAUAGAAAGGGAAGAAAAUAGGAUUUUCUAUCCCGGGUUUCGAGGAUUGUUCUUGGUCAUGAGGGAUUCCCUCACAUUUGUGCAUCAGGCCACUUUGACACAGAAGCCUUGUGUGUGUGUGGCGGGGGCAAAACUUCACUUCUUCUCUUUCCCUGAUGCCAUCAGCAUAGACUUAACUUCUUCAAACAAGAGUCUUGAUGUGGUCCUGGCACCCCUAAAAUUAGCAGUGUCAGGCAACAGUACUCAGGCAAUACAGAAUUUCUGGUGAUGAUAUCAAGAUGGUGUUGCUCGGAAGAUCCACAGUUCCUGUUUUUAGUUCGUGAAUCAUCCCACUGAGAAUUCAGCACCUUUUAGUUUAUUUCCUCCACAUCAGUUGGCCUGUGAAGAGCUCUUAAACUACAUGCCUCAUGUGAGACGUCCACCCCUCUGAAAACUUUUCCUGUACAAAGCAGCAACAAAGGACUUUGUUGACUUUUACAGUGACUUUUUCCAGAGGGGAAUUUGGGAAUUUAAAGUGUUAUUAUUGCCGAUGCCCUGGUGGGAGUAACGUGAUUGUUUCUGAAAAUUAAAAAAAGCUGAAUACAAAUUGCUUAGGAGGGGAAAUCAUCUCCUACCAGAAGCCAGAAAGACAUUCUCCUGUACUGCCUUGGAAAGUUUUGUAGUUUUGCUUUUCAUAUUUACCUUUUGUCUGCUCUGAUUUUUGUGAAAAGUAUGAGGUUGAAGUCCAAUUUAAUAUUUUUUCCAUAUGAAUAAGUAGUUGUCUGUUUACUGAAAAGUUCGUCCUUUCCCCGCUGAUUUGUGACAUUAGGUGUUUCAUAAAUCAAGUUUCUGUGUAUCUGUGUGUAUGUCUGAGUCUGUUGAUAGGCUCUAUUCUGACCUACUGAUCAAUUUGUCUAGCCUUGUGCCAGUGCUAUACUGUCCUGAUUACUACACUUUUUAAAAAAGGUUUUAAUAUUAAAGUACAAAUCCCACCCUUCAACAUCACCAUCAAAUUUUUUUUCUUAAGAGAGUCUUAGCUGUUCUUAGCCACCUGCUCUUCCAGGUUCUAUAUCAAAAAACAAAGCAAACUUGUUGGGAUUUUGAUUGAAUUUCUGUUGAAUUUAUAGAUUGGUUUGGGAAGCCAUAUCAUCUUUACAAUAUUGGGUCUUCUAAUCCAUGACCAUGAUACAGCUUUCCAUUUAUUUAGGCCUUUUAAAUGUCUUUCAAUAAAGUUUUAUAAUUUUCUCCAUAAAUGCCUUCUUUUGUCAGUGUUUCUUAGGGACUUUAUAUUUUUUGAUGCUAUUUUAUAUGGUAUGUUUUCAGUUACUACUUUGUAUUUUUUACCAUUGUUGAUUUUUGCAUCCAGUAGCCUUGCGAAACCCUCAUUAAUUCUUACAUUUGUAUAUUCUUUUGGGUUUUCUACAGAGACAGCUGUCUUAGGCUGGAUUCUCUAGAGAAGCAAAACCAGUGAGGCUUGUGUGUGUGUGUGUGUGUGUAGAGAGAGAUUUAUAUCAAAGAAGUGGCUUACACGGUUGUAGAGGCUGGAAAGUCACAAGUCUGUGGGCCAGACAUCAGACUGGAGGCUUCUCUUGACUCAUGUCACUGCAGUGGCUGAUGAACCCAAGAUCACCAGGUCAGGCAGCAGGCUGUGAGGGUGACAAAUCCAGGAUCGGCAGGCAGUAUGGCAAGCCGCUGGCUCAAAUCCCAAGAACUGGAGUUCAGAUGAUGACAAGUCAGAGAUGCAGGAUCCAGAGUGAGCAAAAGCCAGCGAGCUUUGCCAGAAAGUCCAUAUAUAUUGGAUGCAGGCUAUACACCAAAGGAAACUCUCUUUCAACUGAUUGGCUACUCAAGCAGAUCUCAUCAUGGAGAUGAUAAUAUUGUAUCAGAUCUCAUCAUGGAGGUGAUUACAUCAUUAUGUAACUGCCAAACUACAUCAUAACUGUCAAACCACUGAGAAUCAUGGCCUAACAAGUUGACACACAACCUUAACCAUCACAACCACCAUAUCUGCUGUAUAUGCAAGUAUUUUUGUUUCUUUGAAGUCCUUGUACCUUCUUUUCCUUUUCCUAAUGCAAAUAUUAUCCCAGUGCCAGGGAUACAGCAGCAAGAAAACAGUCUCAAAUUUCAUGAAGCUAUGUUCUAGCUAAACCUAAAAAUACCAAAUCCAUUGCCUGUCAAGUUGAUUCUGACUCAUAGUGACCCUAUAGGACAGAACAGAGCUGCCCACAGGGUUUCCAAGGAGCCGAGCUCUUAACCACUGCACCACCAGGGCUCCAUGUUCUAUCUAGGGAGGUAGAAAAUAAAUAUGCAAAUUUAUGCAAAAAGAAGCCUUAAGGAAAGAAGUGUAAGAGGGUGCUAUUUAGAUUGAGUGGUUGGGGAAGUCCUCUCUGAUGAGAACACAUUUGAGCAGGGCCUUUAAUGAAGUGAGGGAACAAAAGGUGUGAAUAUCUGAGAGGAAAGCAUUCCAGCAGAGGGAAUGGCAAAGAAAUGAGGUAGAAAUGUGCUUGGCAAGCUGAAGAAGAACAAGGAGGCUAUCUGCUCCAUGGGGGAAUAGGCUGUAAGAGGGCAAGAGUGGAAGAAGGAAGCCAGACAGCUGUCGCAAUCAUCCAGACAAACCAUGUUGGUGACUUGGACCUGGUAGGGAACAGUGAAGGAGAGUGGACUGGAUAUGAGGUGUGAGACAGUUGGCAGUAAAUAAGGAAUGCCAUGCUCGGAUAGUUAACCUUUCUGAACCACAGUUUUCUCAGUAGUAUAGCAAGAAAUGAUACCUACUUUACAAGGUUGUUUAAAGAAUUAGACAUACUAUAUGGAAACAUUUACUACUGCAGUUUACCAAAUUGACGUUCUGAUGAAUAAAGCUUACUUGGGACUUUGAAAAAAUAAUUCAUAUUUACCAGAGCUUAAUCACUACUGGAAAACUGAUUAAAAAAAAAUUAUUUGUUGAACCCACAAAACUGAGGGCCAGACAGUAUAUUAUAUACAGUAGUAGUAUAUAUAGUAAAACUAGCAUCACGUUAUAUGUUACCAGUAUUUCCCUUUGUAAUAGUGGAUUUCUGGAAAUUCUGAUUUAUCAUGCAGUAUUACCAUCCCUCUGUUCUACUAUUCCCACUCCAUCUUACUCAGUAAACAGUAAACGUUUAUCUGUACUUUCUCUGUGACAGACAGCUGGGCUUGGCACAGAUCAGAAUCAAAGAUAAAAGAAAUAAUCUCUAUUCUCAGAGAGCCCAGAUUCAUACAGGGUCAAGUCAUCACACAGUAGUAUUCUUUGUGCUGUGGUAAUAUUGCAGGACCCUCAGACUGAUGCCAAGGCAUGAAGGAGUACUAGGGAGGACUUCCUCGGGAACGUUAACACCUGAAUAGCAAAAUGAAAGCAGAUAGGAGUUGAUCAGGCAAAAACUUGAAAAGCCAAACUUGUUGCCGUCGAGUCAGUUCUGACUCAGCAACCCUAUAGGUUAGGCAAGGGGUGAUGAGAAAUGAUUCCAGUCAGAGUAAUAACAUUUGCAAAGAUGUUAAGAAAGUGUGGUGCAUGGUAGAUGUUCAAUAAAUUAUUAAAUAAAAAAUAAUUAAAAUGCGUAACCAAAGAAAUUACAGUGUAUUGUUUUUGACUAUAAUAAAAGGUAAUUCUUAAGUGCUGAUUGUCCACCAAACACUGUGUGUGCCCAGUGAUUUACAUGCAUAAUUUCAUUUCCACGACCCUGUGAGUUAAAUAAUAUUACUACCCCCAUUUUACCUUACAUCUAAUGAAACUGAGGCAAACAGAGAUUAUGUAACUUGCCCCGAGAUUAUACAGUGAGUGGUAAAAUCCAGAAUAGGAUCCAGGUCAAUAUCUUCAGGGCCUAGAAAACUCCUCACUGUUGAAAAGGCUGAGGAUCACUGGUAUAAAUCUCAAAUGUAAUCUUUCCCCCCCAAAAUUUUUUUGGUAUUUCUGAAUAAAUUCAGAAACUUCCUAAGAUACCACUAGAAGCCCAUCAAAUAAAAGUAACGCCAGUAUUCUACAAGCCAGAUAAUUGUAAUUUCCAAUGAAGAAGGGUAGUAGUAACACCAACAAAUUCCAUGGGGAACUGGUCAUAUGGAAUUUAUGAAUGUUACUCUAUCUCCAGCAAUAUAAAGUUAGCAGGGAUAUUGUUUCUGAACAAGGAUGCUAAUUUUUUAGACAAAUAUUUCUGUGAAGUAGGGAAAGCCAAUUUAGGAAAUUAUAAAUAAACCUCCUUCAUAGUAUCUGCUUCCCUCUACGCCGAAUCAGU